UGAUAUGUCAAAACUUCGACAACCGGAAGUUGCACUAGUAAGAAAUAAGUUGAAAUGUUUCAACCUUUUAAGUUAGAAAGUUUCUCAAACUAGCUUUAAGUGAUGUUGAGUGAAUAUAAAAUGUUAUCAAUAUGUUUCCUAGUGCUCGCUAUUGUCACGAAAGACUGUUCUACGCAGGACGAAGACGGGCCAUAUUUAGGCAAGUCAAUAGGAAAACUGAAUUCGUAUCACCACCAAGUAUCAGGUGAAGUGUAUGCUGUGGAUGACUGGACCAUCCUACUAGUGAACUUCAACUAUGACGGCACAGGGGAUGACACAUUUUUCUGGGCUGGAGACUCAGGCCGGCCAGGACCACAGGGCUUCAUAGUGCCCGACCAACAUGGCAAAACAAAUGUGCUGGAGCGGUACUACAAUGAGGAGGUGCGGUUGACGCUGCCGGAGGGCAAGCGCGUGUCGAGGCUGAAAUGGUUCGCGGUGUACGACAUCGACUCGCAGAACGCGUUCGGCGACGUGUACGUGCCCGACGAGUUCACCGCGCCCGCGCCGCAGAGCGUCGGCCCGCUCGCCGGCUCGCCCGCCGUCUCCAGCAAGCCUGUGCGCUUCAUCGACGCCAACACCUUCAUAAUACCGGAAUUCCGCUAUGACGGCAGUGGUGAAGAAGUUUAUUUCUGGACCGGUAAUGGUCCCCAGGCCAGCUCCCGCGGCAUGAAGAUCCCGGACGAGCACGGAUACCUGGAGCCGCUGCGCGCGCGCACGGAGGCGGAGGUGCGGCUGGAGCUGCCGGGCGGGCGCGCGGCGGGCGCGGUGGACUGGGUGAGCGUGUGGGACGCGGGCGCGCGCCGCUCGCUGGGCACCGUGCUGGUGCCCGACGCGCUCAACGUGCCGCCCGCGCCGCGCCGCACGCACCCCUACGUGUCCGCGCUGCCCAACUGCCGCCAGCUGCACCGCGACUACCAGGUCUCCUGGGAGAUCUUCGGCAACCAGAUCACCGUCGAACUGGCGGCCCAGAUGGGCGAGGACGAGUACAUGGCGUUCGGCAUCUCGGGCAGCAACACCAACUCGUCCAUGUUGGGAGCGGACGUGGCAGUGGCUCGCUUUUCUGGCGCCGAGCAGCGCGGCUUCGCCACUGACUACAACAUCACCGCGCUGGCGCCGUGCGUGCAGGUGCUGGGGCAGUGGCUGGGCGUGUGCCGCGACGACGCGCUCGGCGGCGUGGACUCCAACCAGGUGUUCACUGCGCGGCGCGAGCGCGGCGUCACCGUCGUGUCCUACCGCCGCACGCUGCAGCCAGCGGAGCCAAUGGAUCGCGAGUGGAAGGCAGAGGGCGCCACGUACGUGGUGUGGGCCAUCGGACGUCUCGACGCAGACAACGAGCCCUCCUUCCACCGUCUCUACCCCACGAGCGACGUGAAGCUGCACCUAUCACAACAACCGCCCGAGAACGACUGCACGCCCUUCACUGUGGGCGCGCGCGACACGCCGGCCGCCUGGGACACGGCGCAGCUAUUCGACCCGGCCCUGCGCGCCUUCCGCGUCACGCUCGGGCCGGCGGGCGGCGCGCGCGGGCUGGCCGGCCGCGGCCGCGCCUCGCCGCCGCUCGCGCUCUACGUCAACGGACAGCUCGCGCCCGAGCUGCAGCUGCGGCGCGGUCUGCGCUACGUGCUCAAGGUGCAGGCCGGCAACGACCCGCACUCGCCCACCGAGUACCACCCGGUGAUCGUGACGGCGGAGCCGCGCGGCGGGCUGGAGCGGCUGCCCGAGGCGCAGCAGCGCGGCGCCCGCGUGCUGGCCGGCGUGCAGCACACGCGCCGCGGCCGCCUCAGCCCCACGGCGGCGGGCCCGCUGUGCCUGGCGCGCCACGCGGCCGACGCGGACGCGCGGCGCGACGACCGCUUCGCCACGUUCCGCGCGUUCAACCGCUCGCUGCAGUGGAGCUGCGCGCCGGGCCCGCCGGGCGAGCUGCUGCUGGCGCCCAACUCCUCGUGGCCCGACGUCGUCUACUAUCACUCGUUCACGCACGCCGAUAUGGGCGGGCGCAUCUACAUAGUGGACCGCCACAACCGUAACAUCGGACGCAAGAACUCGGCAGCGCAGUUGGGUCCGUACGCGACGCUGGUGCCGCUGGUGGCGCUGUCGGUGGUGCUGGUGGCUCUCACCGCUUGACACGAAAUGCGCCUCACCGCACCGGAUGAUCAGCGACGUACCGCUUGCAAACGUAGCUUCAUAUAUUUUGUUCGAAUUAUAUAGCUUUAAAUGAAAAUUAAAAUACUCGACAACGUCAAAUGUUAUAUAACUGUACAUAUUUGAGCCGCUUUUAUAUAAAUAUCCCUUUGUCAUUUGUAUUGUAAAUAAAUGAGAUAUGUAAAUUUAACUAAAUGUUUAUAUGUUGAUAAAUAAACGACUGAGAAGUGA